CGCCCUCCCUCCGUCUCGUCGCUCCGGUGCACCAUCCCAGGGCAAACGCACAACUCUCCUCUCCUGUCCUUCCACCACGCCGGCCAGAGCACCUCCAAGAAACCACCCGCUAUCCCCUGUGGUCUACGGCCCUCCACCUGGAUGGCGUCGAGCGGAGGAGAUCCGUCUGGAUUAGCUGCUGCCGCUUUACAUGCUUCCAGUGAUGCAACCGGACCAGAAGAAAUUGGACAUGCUGAUGACAUCAACACCAUUUCAGACGAUGCUCUGGAACCACCGAGUUUUUGCCCGGAACAAGAAUCAAACGAUGCUAGUGUUUGUUAGCACAAAAAAGAAACAGCCUGCUGUGUCGAAGUGCAAGUCAGUGUAAGAGCUUCCGAGAGAAGCAACCGUGACAAGGUUCAAAACUGUCGAUUCCAAGAAGCUCUCCUCAAGUAACAAUAACAGUUUAAGGCUUGCUGCGAUUCAGGAUCUCAGAAAGCCGCCGAGAAAGGGGGGCCAUCCCGUCCAACUGCGCGAGAGUGUAAUGUCUGAAGAUAAAAGACCUUCCACAUGGAUAUGCAAAAAAUGCAGCCUGCAAAGAUGUGGUUACCUCAGAAAAUACAUUCUGUAACCGGUGCUCGUGUUGUAUUUGUCAUCUUUUCGAUGACAACAAAGACCCUAGCCUUUAGCUGGUUUGUUCAUCAGAGACUGGUGGCGGCAGGGAUUGCUGUGAGUCAGCCGGCCAUGUUGAGUGUGCACUCCAGCGCCAAAAGGCAGGACAGGUUGAUCUUGGGCAGUCUCUAUGCACCUAGAUGUCCAUCAUUGCUGUGCUGCCUGCGGGAAGGCUAAGGCUAUCGGAAUACUUGGGUCACCCGAUUUAAAGAGCUGCAUCAGAUUGUAGAGGAUACAAAAGCAAAGCUGCAAACUUAGGUUGGUCCCCUUGAUGGCAUGUCUUGUAAGAUGGCCCAUGGUAUUGUGGGCAGGCUGCCUGUAGCUGCUGAUGUGUAGAAACUUUGCUCUCUAGCAAUGGAGAAGGCAGAUGACUGGCUGCGGUCAAACUCUCGAGAAGAAACUGAACAUAUUGAUACACUUCUUGCAUUCUGUGAUUCAGGCAAGACCGAGGGGUUCUUUUGCAAAUUUUCUGUGCCGGCUACAGCCAGCGUGUCUUCCAUAUGUCCAAUUCAGACUAAAAUGGACUAAUUCGCACGGACUAACAACAAUAUGGACCAGCUUACCUGAUUUGCAAACGUCCCCAAACAACCCACUAGGUUUACCUCGCAUUGGUCUCGCACGCCACUACCUAAGGCCGCCGCCGCCGCCACCACCACUGCCGCCGCCGCUGCCACCGCCCGCCAUCUUCUCCCCCUCCUCUGCUAUUCUUCCAAGGAUGGUGUCGACGCUGUCGAGCUGCACCAUGGAGAAGUUGACGGUGUCGAGAUGCUUCAUCCACAAGGAGAAAGGGACGCACAUCUUCGAGGUUGCUGGGUACAGUCUCAUGAAGGGCAUGGGCGUCGGCAAGUUUGUCUGCUCGCCCACCUUCACCAUCGGUGGGUACGACUGGUACAUCAAAUGCUACCCCGAAGGAACCACCGAGUCGUCCAAAGGGUGUGUGGAGAUCUGUCUCGAGCUCAUGAGCAGCAACGCCGAGGUUCGGACCCUGUUUGAUUUUGGAUUGGCAAGGCACGAUUCAGGAUUGAUCAGUACAGCGUUUACCCCACAAACCAAGGCCUUCAGCUCAAAGACCAGGGAGACCCGUCAGUUUAGUGUGCUGAUUGUAAGAAGCAGCAUUGAGGCGGAACCAACUAAGUACCUUCAGAAUGAUGUCCUCAUGAUCAAAUCUGUAAUAACGGUGAUCAAGGAAUCCCAGGUGUCUGUGCCCCCCCCUGAGAUCGAGGUUCCGCCAUCGGAUAUCCUGGAGCAUCUUGCAAAGCUGCUGGAAGCUAAGGAGAAAGCAGAUGUCACUUUCACUGUUGGAGGAGAGACCUUCCAGGCGCACAAGACCGUGCUUGCCAUGCGGUCACCUGUCUUCGAGGCAGAGCUCUUCGGGCUGAUGAGGGAGACGUGUGUGACCAUCCAAGACAUGCAACCCGCUGUGUUUAAGGCUCUGCUGCAUUUUGUCUACACUGAUUCAUUGCCUGACAUGGAAGAUCUUGAGGGUGAUGAUGAAUGCGAAAUGUACCGCCAUCUACUGGUGGCUGCAGAUAGGUAUGCCAUGGACAGGCUGAAGGUGUUAUGUCAAAACAUCCUUGUCAAGAAUCUCGAUGUCGAGAACGUGGCAACUACAUUGGCUUUAGCUGAUCAGCAUAACUGUGACAAGCUUAAGGAUGUUUGCAUCGAGUUUAUUGCCUCUUCAGAUAAGAUGGAUGAUGUGGUCGCAACCCAAGGUUAUGCAAAUCUCAAAAGAUCAUGCCCUUCUGUCCUAGUAGAUGCUUUCGAGAAGAGAAGCAGGUCUUGCAAAGCAUAGAUGAUGAGCUUCUUGUAAGCUAAACAUUUUGUUGGCUCGUUUAGAUUGUAUACUCGAGUAGUAUACCAUCAAUGUGUGAAAAUGUCUAUCACAUCGAUUGCAAUGCCAAUGUCAGAUACCAGCAUCAUGUUGUUGAUGGAACAUAGCAGAAUAAAUGGCAAUGACUCCUAUGGUAUCAUAUUUUUAA